CUUUUGUACACCAAGGCCUUGUUGUUCGCCUCGCAAGACUACAUACUUACCUUUUGUAGUCUGCUGUGAGCGUCUCUCGGCUCACUCUAUCCCCCCCACCAUGCACUCGAAACUCAUUGCCGCAGCGACUGCGCUGGCUGGAUGCGCGACCGGCGUCGUCGCCUGGGGAGCUGCAGGACACGAAAUCGCCGCCACGAUAGCCCAGAUCUACCUAGACCCCAGCGUGCUCCCGACGAUCUGCACGCUCCUCAACUCCACGUCGACGGACCCCACCGCGCCGCUGUGCCACUUGGCGCCCGUCGCGACGUGGGCGGACAAGUACCGCAACAAGAUGCGCUGGUCGGCGCCGCUGCACUACAUCGGCGCCAAAGACGACUAUCCGUCGCGCACGUGCGCGUUCCCGGGGGCGCACGGGUGGGCGGGGCGCGAGGGCGGCAACGUGCUCGGCGGGAUCCGCAACGUCACGGACAUCCUCGAGGGCGUGGGGCCGUACGGGCGGCGGGGCGAGAUGUCGACACAGCAGUAUGAGCUCGCGAGCGAGGCGCUCAAGUUCCUGAUCCACUUCAUGGGGGAUAUGCACAUGCCACUCCACCUGACUGGGCGCGACCGCGGAGGGAACUCGAUGAAAGUGGCUUUCAACGGCCGGCAGACCAACCUGCACUCCCUGUGGGACGGGCUGCUCAUCGCGAAAGCCCUCCGCUCCGUUCCGCGCAAGUACAACCAGCGUCUCCCCUCGCGCAAGAUCGAGUCCGCGCUCCGGGGAACGAUCUACGACUCUUACGUGCGCAUGAUCAUGGUCGAGGGCGUCCUGUCCCAGUGGCAGCGCGAGCUGCCGGACUGGCUCGCCUGCCCCGCACAAUCAGCGCCCGUCAGUCUAGCCAUGCCCACCUCCCUCGGCACGCUCUGGCAGCAGGCCGUGUACGUCUGGGAGCGCGUUACCCGUCGCACUUCGGCUGCUACGGAUAUCGACGACGCUCUGAUCUGUCCCUACUACUGGGCGCAGCCCAUCCACGCGCUCAACUGCGAGCUCGUGUGGCCGAAGGCGCUAGACGAGCCGCCCUACGACACGAUCUCCGUCGCGCACGACGGUGACGCGCACUCUUACCACGGGAGCGAUGCCCACGGCCGAGACACGCUUGCGGCGGAACUCGACCAGGUCGACGCGGCUGGGCGCUUCACUGCUGGCACGCCGAGCAAGCAGCAUCUGGAGCUCGACACACCCGAGUAUUCGGGGAAGAUCAUGAAGGACCGGGUUGUGGAGAAGCUUCUUGCGCAGGCCGGGAUCCGGCUUGCGGGGGUGCUCAACUACCUGUUCGCUGACUUGGACGACGAGGAGAUGAUGGUUUGGAGGAGUCAGUUGCGCGUAGAUCCGUGAGCCUACUGAAUGCGCCGGGAAUGUACGAUAUCUAGAUUGUCAGAUGUGUGACGAAGGAAUGUAACUGAAUUUGUGUAGUACGCAUGCGAGCUGAUGGGGUGACCCGGUGCCGCAUAGCUGGCCGACUCGGAUCGAGUGCUCGUCUUGCCAGUACCGAUUGAGAGGUAAGCCAAAAAUAUUGCUGUCCCAGGGCCCGCGUGGAUGCAUGGUUGACGUCAUGCACACACGCCAUCUGACGGUCGCGGCUUGGAACACACUUGGAAGCCAAUUGGGAUGAGUUCUUGCAACUUCCAAGUUCUCCCUCGUCGACUACACCUACGCCUAGACUCUCCUGGAAAAACUAUCCGAGGUGCUUUGUCAUAACUGUCUACCGGCGACGCGGGCGUGUUCGGUGAACGCGCAAGCAGCGUGCCGCAUAGGUCUCGCACCGAGCGCAUAAGCCCUCGGCUCAAGACGAAGCCAGCCCGGCCCAUAUAAAAUGCAGGCAAUCCGCCCAGCAUCCGCACACAUCUCUCUCUGCAAUGUCUCUCUGGCAGCCUCCUCCCCCACCGUCCACGAAGCUCGGCGUCUACCGCACGCUCUCGACGAAAGCGGGUGUGCACGUCUCGCCGCUGCAGCUGGGUGCGAUGAGCAUCGGCGACCAGUGGGCCAAGUUCGGCAUGGGCUCGAUGGAUAAGGAGUCGAGCUUCAAGCUGCUGGACGCGUACUUUGACGCGGGCGGGAACUUCAUCGACACCGCCAAUGCCUACCAGGACGAGACCUCGGAGAUGUUCAUCGGGGAGUGGGCGGAGAAACGGGGAAUUCGAGAUCAGCUCGUCCUCGCGACCAAGUACUCGGCCAACUUCAAAUCGCGGCAAAACAUCGUGCAGCAGGUGAACUACACGGGCAACAACGUCAAGUCGAUGCAUCUCAGCCUCGAGGCGAGUCUCAAGAAGCUGCGCACGACGUACGUCGACCUGUUCUACGUGCACUGGUGGGACUACGACACGAGCGUCGAGGAGGUCAUGGACGGGCUGCACAAUCUCGUCGCGCAGGGCAAGGUGCUCUACCUCGGCAUCUCGGACACCCCGGCGUGGGUCGUCGCGGACGCGAACCGGUACGCGCGGGAUCACGGGAAGACGCCGUUUGCGGUGUACCAGGGCAUGUGGAACGUCAUGGACCGCUCGUUCGAGCGGGAAAUCCUGCCGAUGGCUCGCGCGAACGGCAUGGCCCUCGCCCCGUGGAACGUCCUCGCACAGGGGAAGCUCCGCACGGAUGCCGAGGAGGAGGCUCGCCGCGUUUCGGGCGAGAAGGGCCGCGUGACGUUCAGCCCCACGUGGGAGCGCAACGAGCAGGAGAAGAAGAUGUCCCAGGCGCUCGAGAAGGUCGCCGGUGAAGUCGGGGCGAAGCACAUCACAUCUGGUGCGUUUCUUUACGUUUUGGAUCCUCCAGCACUCGAUCUCACCGAGAUGUAUGAUCCAGUCGCCAUCGCGUACCUCAUGCACAAGGCCCCGUACGUUUUCCCCAUCAUCGGUGGGCGCAAAGUCGAGCAUCUCCUGGCCAACGUCGAAGCGCUCGACGUGAGCCUGUCGCCUGAACAAAUCGCCUACCUCGAGAGCGUCUCACCGCUGGAUCCCGGCUUCCCCAAUUUCAUGAUUGGCGAUGGAACGAAGAACAGCAGCUUCUUGGCUUCGGCGGCGCACUUUGACCGUGUGCCUAUUGCACAGAGCAUCCCUCACAAGAAAAGCUGAACGUCGAUUGUACUUUGGUAGCCUAGUCUCCUGAUCGGACCUGAAUUAUACGGAAGAACGCAUGAAUGAGCCAUGCGGUCUUUCGAAACAGGGUGCACGAAUUCAGCCGGUGAUGCUUGAAAGCUGUUUGUGCGAGGCGAACCUCUG